AUGAGCAGCCAAGCACAAACAUGCACGGCAAAUAUUCAGAGCAGUUUGCCCUCCACCUUUUCCACCGCCAGAACUCACGGCUCAAGCCACACGGCUGGUCAAACAGGGUCCAGUCCCAGCACACCCAAGGGGAGUUCCACUCAGUCACAAGUCACAUCUCCUUCUCCUGCUCCUUCCUCGGAAGGGUCGAACAGCACGCUUCUGCCCUCUCACUCAACCUUAUCUGUGUCUUCCAGUCGGAGCCCAACGCCAUGUCAGGAGACCUCACUUUCUGGGACAUCGGGCUCCUCUAGCACUUCUGCACCAGAAACUCCACGGACAACUACAGCGUCCAUUACGUCUUCAACAACCACUGGCCCUCUAGUUUCUUCCACCAGCCCUGGCUCACUGAGUCCUCCUGUGAAUACUGAGCAGCCAAGCACCAAACAUGGUUCAACCCCUUCCAUUUCAUCUACAACGAACGUACCCGAGGAGGGAACAUUGCAAUCAACGACUCUGAGUCCAAGUGCAGAAACAUCAAGUGUCGUUCACAGUAGCUUCUCUUCCAGCACGGCAAAUCUUCAGAGCAGUUUGCCCUCCAAAUUUUCCACCGCCACAACUCCCGGCUCAAGCCACACGGCUGGUCAAACAGGGUCCAGUCCCAGCACACCCAAGGGGAGUUCCACUCAGUCACAAGUCACAUCUCCUUCUCCUGCUCCUUCCUCGGAAGGGUCAACCAGCACGCUUGUGCCCUCUCCCUCAACCUUAUCUGUGUCUUCCAGUCGGAGCCCAACGCCAAGUCAGGAGACCUCACUUCCUGGGACAUCGGGCUCCUCUAGCACUUCUGCACCAGAAACUCCACGGACAACUACAGCGUCCAUUACGUCUUCAACAACCACUGGCCCUCUAGUUUCUUCCACCAGCCCUGGCUCACUGAGUCCUCCUGUGAAUACUGAGCAGCCAAGCACAAAACAUGGUUCAACCCCUUCCAUUUCAUCUACAACGAACGUACCCGAGGAGGGAACAUUGCAAUCAACAACUCUGAGUCCAAGUGCAGAAACAUCAAGUGUCGUGCACAGUAGCUUCUCUUCCAGCACGGCAAAUCUUCAGAGCAGUUUGCCCUCCACCUUUUCCACCGCCAUAACUCACGGCUCAAGCCACACGGCUGGUCAAACAGGGUCCAGUCCCAGCACACCCAAGGGGAGUUCCACUCAGUCACAAGUCACAUCUCCUUCUCCUGCUCCUUCCUCGGAAGGGUCACCCAGCACGCUUGUGCCCUCUCCCUCAACCUUAUCUGUGUCUUCCAGUCGGAGCCCAACGCCAAGUCAGGAGACCUCACUUCCUGGGACAUCGGGCUCCUCUAGCACUUCUGCACCAGAAACUCCACGGACAACUACAGCGUCCAUUACGUCUUCAACAACCACUGGCCCUCUAGUUUCUUCCACCAGCCCUGGCUCACUGAGUCCUCCUGUGAAUACUGAGCAGCCAAGCACAAAACAUGGUUCAACCCCUUCCAUUUCAUCUACAACGAACGUACCCGAGGAGGGAACAUUGCAAUCAACAACUCUGAGUCCAAGUGCAGAAACAUCAAGUGUCGUGCACAGUAGCUUCUCUUCCAGCACGGCAAAUCUACAGAGCAGUUUGCCCUCCAAUUUUUCCACCGCCACAACUCACGGCUCAAGCCACACGGCUGGUCAAACAGGGUCCAGUCCCAGCACACCCAAGGGGAGUUCCACUCAGUCACAAGUCACAUCUCCUUCUCCUGCUCCUUCCUCGGAAGGGUCAAACAGCACGCUUGUGCCCUCUCCCUCAACCUUAUCUGUGUCUUCCAGUCGGAGCCCAACGCCAAGUCAGGAGACCUCACUUCCUGGGACAUCGGGCUCCUCUAGCACUUCUGCACCAGAAACUCCACGGACAACUACAGCGUCCAUUACGUCUUCAACAACCACUGGCCCUCUAGUUUCUUCCACCAGCCCUGGCUCACUGAGUCCUCCUGUGAAUACUGAGCAGCCAAGCACAAAACAUGGUUCAACCCCUUCCAUUUCAUCUACAACGAACGUACCCGAGGAGGGAACAUUGCAAUCAACGACUCUGAGUCCAAGUGCAGAAACAUCAAGUGUCGUGCACAGUAGCUUCUCUUCCAGCACGGCAAAUCUUCAGAGCAGUUUGCCCUCCACCUUUUCCACCGCCAUAACUCACGGCUCAAGCCACACGGCUGGUCAAACAGGGUCCAGUCCCAGCACACCCAAGGGGAGUUCCACUCAGUCACAAGUCACAUCUCCUUCUCCUGCUCCUUCCUCGGAAGGGUCAAACAGCACGCUUGUGCCCUCUCCCUCAACCUUAUCUGUGUCUUCCAGUCGGAGCCCAACGCCAAGUCAGGAGACCUCACUUCCUGGGACAUCGGGCUCCUCUAGCACUUCUGCACCAGAAACUCCACGGACAACUACAGCGUCCAUUACGUCUUCAACAACCACUGGCCCUCUAGUUUCUUCCACUAGCCCUGGCUCACUGAGUCCUCCUGUGAAUACUGAGCAGCCAAGUACAAAACAUGGUUCAACCCCUUCCAUUUCAUCUACAACGAACAUACCCGAGGAGGGAACAUUGCAAUCAACGACUCUGAGUCCAAGUGCAGAAACAUCAAGUGUCGUGCACAGUAGCUUCUCUUCCAGCACGGCAAAUAUUCAGAGCAGUUUGCCCUCCACCUUUUCCACCGCCAUAACUCACGGCUCAAGCCACACGGCUGGUCAAACAGGGUCCAGUCCCAGCACACCCAAGGGGAGUUCCACUCAGUCACAAGUCACAUCUCCUUCUCCUGCUCCUUCCUCGGAAGGGUCAAACAGCACGCUUGUGCCCUCUCCCUCAACCUUAUCUGUGUCUUCCAGUCGGAGCCCAACGCCAAGUCAGGAGACCUCACUUCCUGGGACAUCGGGCUCCUCUAGCACUUCUGCACCAGAAACUCCACGGACAACUACAGCGUCCAUUACGUCUUCAACAACCACUGGCCCUCUAGUUUCUUCCACCAGCCCUGGCUCACUGAGUCCUCCUGUGAAUACUGAGCAGCCAAGCACAAAACAUGGUUCAACCCCUUCCAUUUCAUCUACAACGAACGUACCCGAGGAGGGAACAUUGCAAUCAACGACUCUGAGUCCAAGUGCAGAAACAUCAAGUGUCGUGCACAGUAGCUUCUCUUCCAGCACGGCAAAUCUUCAGAGCAGUUUGCCCUCCACCUUUUCCACCGCCAUAACUCACGGCUCAAGCCACACGGCUGGUCAAACAGGGUCCAGUCCCAGCACACCCAAGGGGAGUUCCACUCAGUCACAAGUCACAUCUCCUUCUCCUGCUCCUUCCUCGGAAGGGUCAAACAGCACGCUUGUGCCCUCUCCCUCAACCUUAUCUGUGUCUUCCAGUCGGAGCCCAACGCCAAGUCAGGAGACCUCACUUCCUGGGACAUCGGGCUCCUCUAGCACUUCUGCACCAGAAACUCCACGGACAACUACAGCGUCCAUUACGUCUUCAACAACCACUGGCCCUCUAGUUUCUUCCACCAGCCCUGGCUCACUGAGUCCUCCUGUGAAUACUGAGCAGCCAAGCACAAAACAUGGUUCAACCCCUUCCAUUUCAUCUACAACGAACGUACCCGAGGAGGGAACAUUGCAAUCAACGACUCUGAGUCCAAGUGCAGAAACAUCAAGUGUCGUGCACAGUAGCUUCUCUUCCAGCACGGCAAAUCUUCAGAGCAGUUUGCCCUCCACCUUUUCCACCGCCAUAACUCACGGCUCAAGCCACACGGCUGGUCAAACAGGGUCCAGUCCCAGCACACCCAAGGGGAGUUCCACUCAGUCACAAGUCACAUCUCCUUCUCCUGCUCCUUCCUCGGAAGGGUCAAACAGCACGCUUGUGCCCUCUCCCUCAACCUUAUCUGUGUCUUCCAGUCGGAGCCCAACGCCAAGUCAGGAGACCUCACUUCCUGGGACAUCGGGCUCCUCUAGCACUUCUGCACCAGAAACUCCACGGACAACUACAGCGUCCAUUACGUCUUCAACAACCACUGGCCCUCUAGUUUCUUCCACCAGCCCUGGCUCACUGAGUCCUCCUGUGAAUACUGAGCAGCCAAGCACAAAACAUGGUUCAACCCCUUCCAUUUCAUAUACAACGAACGUACCCGAGGAGGGAACAUUGCAAUCAACGACUCUGAGUCCAAGUGCAGAAACAUCAAGUGUCGUGCACAGUAGCUUCUCUUCCAGCAUGGCAAAUCUUCAGAGCAGUUUGCCCUCCAUCUUUUCCACCGCCAUAACUCACGGCUCAAGCCACACGGCUGGUCAAACAGGGUCCAGUCCCAGCAAACCCAAGGGGAGUUCCACUCAGUCACAAGUCACAUCUCCUUCUCCUGCUCCUUCCUCGGAAGGGUCAAACAGCACGCUUGUGCCCUCUCCCUCAACCUUAUCUGUGUCUUCCAGUCGGAGCCCAACGCCAAGUCAGGAGACCUCACUUCCUGGGACAUCGGGCUCCUCUAGCAGUUCUGCACCAGAAACUCCACGGACAACUACGGCGUCCAUUACGUCUUCAACAACCACUGGCCCUCUAGUUUCUUCCACCAGCCCUGGCUCACUGAGUCCUCCUGUGAAUACUGAGCAGCCAAGCACAAAACAUGGUUCAACCCCUUCCAUUUCAUCUACAACGAACGUACCCGAGGAGGGAACAUUGCAAUCAACGACUCUGAGUCCAAGUGCAGAAACAUCAAGUGUCGUGCACAGUAGCUUCUCUUCCAGCACGGCAGAUCUUCAGAGCAGUUUGCCCUCCACCUUUUCCACCGCCAUAACUCACGGCUCAAGCCACAUGGCUGGUCAAACAGGGUCCAGUCCCAGCACACCCAAGGGGAGUUCCACUCAGUCACAAGUCACAUCUCCUUCUCCUGCUCCUUCCUCGGAAGGGUCGAACAGCACGCUUGUGCCCUCUCCCUCAACCUUAUUUGUGUCUUCCAUUCGGAGCCCAACGCCAAGUCAGGAGACCUCACUUCCCGGGACAUCGGGCUCCUCUAGCACUUCUGCACCAGAAACUCCACGGACAACUACAGCGUCCAUUACGUCUUCAACAACCACUGGCCCUCUAGUUUCUUCCACCAGCCGUGGCUCACUGAGUCCUUCUGUGAAUACUGAUCAGCCAAGCACAGAACACGGUUCAAGUCCUUCUUCUACUUCCCAAACGACCACCUCCCACAAGCGAACAUUGCAGUCAACAACUCUGAGUCCAAGUGCAGAAACAUCAAGUGUAGUGCACAGUAGCUUCUCUUCCAGCCCGGCAAAUCUUCAUAGCAGUUUUCCCUCCACCUUUUCCACCGCCAAAACGCACGGCUCUAGCUACACGAGUGGCCAAACAAAGUUCAGUCCCAGCACACCCACAGCGAUUUCCACUCAGUCACAGAUCACAUCUGUUUCUCCUGCUCCUUCUUCAGAAGGGUCGCAUAGCACACUUAUGCCCUCUUCCUCAACCAUAUCUGUGUCUUCCAGUCAGAGCCCAAGGCCAAGUCAGGAGACCUCACUUCCUCGGACAUUGAGCUCCUCUAGCACUUCUGCACCAGAAACUCCACGGAGAACAACAGUGUCCAUUGCUUCUUCAAUAACCACUGGCCCUCUAGUUUCUUCCAGCAGCCGUGGCUCACUGAGGCCCCAUCUUAGUACUUGGCACUCCAGCACAGAGCCUUCAUCCCCUUCCCUUUCUUCCAGAAUGACGACAUCCCAGGAGAGACCAUUGCAAUCUACGACCCUGAGUUCAGCUUCUACAACUGAAAUUCUGCCCCCCAAAUGUUUUAAUGGCGGGGUUCCUGUUGGGGAUCGCUGUGACUGUCCGUCACCUUUCACUGAGCCAUUUUGCAAGGAGGCAAAGAAUGAAGUUGUUGUGGGGAUGAUUACGGCUACAAUCAACGUCUUCGUCAAAGUGAUCGAAAAGAAGUUUAUAGCAGGGAUGGCCAGUCUUGGCUCGCCAGCUUUCCGGAUUUUUGAGACCCAAUUUAAGGAGCAGAUGAGAAUUUUCUAUGCCAACAUUUCUGGGUUCCAGGGAGUAAAUGUGCUUCGUCUGAGCAACGGCAGCAUCAACGUGGAGCACCAGGUGCUCCUGUGGGUGCCUUUCUCCGAAUUCAAUGCCUCUUAUGACAAAGCUGUGGGCAAAAUCCGGACUCAGCUGCAGAGCAAGGAGGACGUUUGUACCUCCAAGGAAAAAGAUAAGCUGUGUUUCAACUCGAGUGACUCCGUGGUGACUGAAGUGGCUCUCAGUCCUCAAGACUUGUCCAAAGCCUGCAGAAAUAACUCGGUGGUCAGGGAAGACCUGCAGCUGUAUUACCUGGCCCGAAACAUUAGCAACCAGCUGCAGUGCGUCUCCAACUGCAGCUUUUCGCACCCGGAUCCCUUCCGCUGUGACAAGGGGAGCUGCUACAUCCAGACAGACGGGCCAAACUGCUACUGCCAGCAGUCGGACGCCUACUGGUACAGCGGCCGCCACUGUGACCAGAGCAUCAGCAAGGUGGGGGUGGCCGUGGGAGUGGCCCUGGGCCUGGCGGUCCUGCUGCUCCUCAUCCUGGUCCUGGCUGCCCUCCUCUGCUGGCGCCACUGCCGCCCAUGGAAAGACCACAGGCGGCUGAACGUGAACCCCAACGAGGAGAAAUGGUACGAGAAUGAGUCGGAGUGGGUGGCCAGGCCUCAGGGCCUCCCCCCACAGAGCCCCCGAGCCCGGCAACAGGGCCCAGCCGUCUAUGCCAGCCCCAGCAGGGAGGACGCCGGCCCCACACCGACCCAGGGCACCUUCUGGCCUCAGCUCGACCAAGUGGACACCUCCCUCCAGACACGCAUUGCUCGGCCCCGGAUAACCCGGCUCUGAAGAAGCCUCGGAAGCCCAGUUUGGACCAAAGCAGCUUUGCUGGGUUGCUCGUCCCAAGGUCCUGGCCCGAUCGGGGUGUCUGCUAUGGGGCUCCUGGGCCCGGCCAUCCCUGACCUGGGGACUGGGGUGCCUAGGAGCGGCUCCUGAUCCGUGGGAGGAGAAGGAGCCUUGGUGGGACUCGUGGACUUCUGCUACGCCUGGAUGCUGAAGAGCCCCUGGGCCGGAGUUUGCAAAGAUAUGGGGCCUGUGGGGGGGGGAAGAGGCUGCUGCCUGCACAGCCCCCUCGCCCGUGACUCGCAUGCUGUCUCUGCAGGCAGGGACAGUGACCCCCAGCAUAUCCCUAACAGCCCCCCAAGGCUGCCCCGCCUUCCCUGUCACUUUAGUCUGGGGGAGCUGCUUGUUCCUAAGAUUAUUUGUGGGGUGACCCAUGCACGGCUCCCCUGGGCCUCCAGCGAUUCUUGCCUGGCCUUGCCAGUCCGGUGAAUGUGCCCUGGGGGUUGAUGAUGAGCAGACGGGAGUGGGCUUCGGUGGGCACGGCACUGAUGGGCUCACCCCAGGCUUGGAGCCUUCCGAGUGGAGAGGGUGCAUCUUGCCGGCAAUUGUUUGGCUCAGUGCUGUGCCACCCCCAUCCCCCCCCCCCCAGCCUUGCAUCAGCUGCG